GUCCUCAGGUCAGUGUAGGAUUCAGUGUGGUCGUGGAAGUCGGUCACUCCUUCAGCAGACGAUCCUACGGCUUCUGGGAUCAUGGACUGGAACGGAGUAAUACUGAUUAUGAUUGUGGGAAUAACUGCUGGCGUGGCAGCAGAUGACUGUCCAGGGGAAGGGAGGUUUCCCGAUUCAAGUAUCUGCGGUGCUUACGUAGAUUGUGUAGACGACGGAAACGGCGGCUAUAAUGCAAGAAAAGGUGAUUGUGACGGCUUCAUGUACAAUGCCACCUCUGGGGAAUGCUCCAAAGACGGCAUGUGUGUUAACUCGCGUCACACCCGGAGUGUUACCCCAGACAUGAACCCAUAUUCCCAUCUGUGUGAAGCCAAGCCUGAUGGUUUCCUGUGUGCAAAUUGCAAAACUCAGGUCAUGUGUGUGCAGGGACAGGCCUUCGUUCGUCACUGUAUUGAGGGUGACUUUUGUUUAAAUAAACUCCAGUUUGCAGGAGGCGUGUGCUAUCCAGGCGCCCCUGUGCAGUGCACAUGUGAACGGCCUCAUGAAUUUCGUGUGGAUUAUUAUGACCCACAGAGGUUCUUCGCUUGCGCAGAAUCUUAUUCAGAACCAGUUGCCUAUAAAUGUCUGGAUGGAAUGGCAUUUCAUGAAUCAUCUUCACAGUGUCUAAACAAUGCCGGAUUUCCACCAUGCACCGUAUCUGGAGUUUUUGCCAACCCAAAUAAUUGUGGCGAAUACUAUACAUGCAUUGCCUUGAGACAUGGAUUUCUUCAAAGGUUCUCCAUGUGCAGUAAUAAUACUUUGUUCAAUGAGAAAACGCAAACCUGUGAAGAUCCUUGUAUUUAUCAGUUUGAGUGCCAAGAGGACGGGCGGUUCGGUGAUCCCCUUAAUGUUCGUUAUUACUUUGAGUGCGUCGUGCAGAAUGGGCAAAUGAAGAAGUCUCGUUACUCUUGUCCUGAGGGUUAUAUUUGGUACGCUGAAAACCCAGGAGUUGGACGAUGUGUGGAAGAUAACGGGGACUACUACUUUGACUACCCCUUCCGCAACUGCAAGAAUCCUGGGGACCUGUGCCACGAUCAAAAUUAUUGUGCGCAGGCCCCUUGCUAUCCUGGUGUUAUCUGUAGAUCUUUAAGCGUGGCUCCCCACUUCAUCUGUGGUCCUUGCCCAGCUGGAUUUACUGGAGAUGGGAUUACAUGCAAGGGCCUAGAGUGUCCAGUUGGCUAUGCGGGGACCAGUGGUGAAUGUGCUCGUGACUCUGACCUUGAUGGCUACCCAGACUCCGAAUUAAGUUGUUCAGAAAAAUAUUGCCGUCAGGAUAACUGCAUUUAUAAGCCAAAUUCCGGCCAGGAGGAUGCAGACGGCGAUGGCGAUGGCGAUGCCUGUGACAGUGAUGCUGAUGGGGAUGGCUUUGAUAAGAAUACAGAUAACUGUCUUCUGAUAUCCAAUCCAUUACAAGAAGACUUGGAUUCAGAUGGAUGGGGAAAUGUCUGUGAUAACUGCCCUGCGGUGUCUAACCCGAGCCAGAAGGAUACUGACGGGGAUGAAAUGGGCGACGAAUGUGACGAUGAUAUUGAUAAUGAUGGAACCGCUAAUAUUAACGAUAAUUGUCGCUUCACUGCAAAUGCCAACCAAAACGAUCUUGAUCGGGAUGGUCUGGGCGAUGAGUGUGAUAACUGCCCCCGCCAUCCCAACGUUGGCCAAGAUGAUGUUGAUGAAGACUUGCUGGGAGAUGCAUGUGAUGAUGAUGCUGACUUGGAUAGUGAUGGCGUGGAGGACAGUAUAGACAACUGCCCAGAUGUGGCCAACAGUGACCAGUCAGACGUAGAUGGUGAUGGCAGUGGCGAUGCCUGUGAUACUGACAGCGACGGUGAUGGCGUGGAUGACACGGGUGAUAACUGUGCGCUGAUACCGAAUUCAGGCCAAUUGGACAGUGACGGGGACGGCCGGGGUGAUGCCUGCACCAACGACUUCGACGGUGACCAAAUUGUCGAUACAGAAGAUGUCUGCAUCAACAAUCCUCGUGUGCGCUCGACAGAUUUCAGAAAACUUCAGACAGUGGCGUUAAACCCAGGGGCUGCAACCACUCCUCCAGUUUGGGUCAUCCAUGAUAAUGGUACAGAAAUUCACCAGUUGGUGAACUCUGACCCAGCUAUAGCAUUGGGUGAUCACUCAUUGGGCAAUGUUGACUUUGAAGGGACCUUCUUCAUUGAAGAUCUAACUGAUGAUGAUUUUGUUGGCUUUGUAUUUAGCUAUCAAAGCAAUGCCAAGUUUUAUGUCAUGAUGUGGAAGCAGGCUACACAGCGUUGGUUCAGCAAGGCAGAAAGAGGCUUUACUCUGAAGCUGAUCAACUCCAGAACAGGUCCUGGAACAGAACUAAGGGAUGCAUUGUGGGUCACUCGUUCUACAAAAGCACAGGCAAAACUGCUUUGGCAGGAUAACAGAAUUGGAUGGUCGCCAAAUGUGGCAUACCGUUGGCUGCUUCACCACCGCCCUGGUAUUGGCACCAUGAGGUUCUACUUGUACAAAGGGGAUUACCAGGUGACAGACUCUGGAAACAUUUAUGAUGACACACUAAAAGGAGGCCGAUUGGGACUCUUCUGCUUCUCUCAAGAAAAAAUUAUCUGGUCCAACAUCAAGUAUACUUGUUCAGAUGAUAUCCCUGCGGACAUGGCUGCUGACCUAAAUUCGCGGCCAUGAUUGACAAAGGGCUUGCCUCAUCCUGUUUUCCAAAUCUGCAAAGAUCUGAAUAUGGAUAGCACAAUGCCAUUUUUACCAAUGUGCCCUUUUUAAUGAAUUGGAAAUUUAUUAUAUUUUCUUAACUA